AUGAAGUACCUGUGGUUAUGGCGCUUCCUGCCUCUGGUCCUCCUGCUCUUACAAUCGCUUGCUCAUGAUAUCAAGGGAUCUUCCGGCGAUGAAUAUCCCCUUUCUGAUAUUACCCACGAGUCGACCCAUACCCGCGAUGAUAGGCCCGACGCUCGUCCAAAUGCGCAUGUUGAGCGCGCAUUGAAUAUCCUCCGCGAAGCCAAAAUCCCAAUCGCCCACACCUCGGAAAAGCCGUCUGGCUUCAUCGGCCACACCUGGCACUAUGCACAAGAAGCUUUCCGAAUAUUGUUCAUGAACGGACCGCCAUCGAGUGGCGCCUCACGGAGGAAGAUACACCCAAGUAUCGGCAAAGCUGUUGACGAGCUCACGAUCGCCGCGGUAGAGGAUCAGAGCCCAGACGCCAUGUUUUUGCUGGCAGAGAUGAACUUUUACGGCAACUUUUCGCACCCUCAGGACUUCAAACAGGCAUUCCGUUGGUAUGAGAAGCUGGCUUCGUGGAAUGGGAAUAGCACGGCGCAGUAUAUGCUUGGUUUCAUGUAUGCCACAGGCAUCGGGGGUGGAGUUGAACGCGACCAGGCCAAGGCUCUACUAUACCAUACUUUCGCGGCGGAAGCGGGGAAUACCAGAUCGGAAAUGACACUUGCGUAUCGCCAUCACGCGGGUAUCGGAACUCCGCGCAACUGCGACGAGGCAACGUACUAUUACAAGCAAGUCGCGGACAAAGCCAUUGAGUACCUUCGAUCCGGACCGCCUGGCGGUCACAGCAUGGCGCGUGAAUCAUACCGCUGGGCCGACGAAGAAGGCGGCGUAUAUGGUGAAGGCGCGAGUGUAUCCACUUCCGGACCCAAUGCACUUCGGGAUGGAUCAGGAUCUUCGGACGCCAGUCUAGAGGAUCUUUUGGAGUAUUUUGACCUUAUGUCCCGAAAAGGUGAACUAAAGGCAACGUUUACUCUCGGCAAGAUGUACUACGAAGGCACAAAGGGCUUGCCCAAGAACUACAGGAAGGCUAUGAAGUAUUUCAGACAAGUGACGUUACGGUACUGGAAUAAGGAUGGCUCGUUGAACCCAAACCAUCCCGCUGGGAUCGAGAAGUUGGCAUCAAAAGCCGCAGGUUACAUUGGGCUGAUGUAUCUGCGCGGAGAGGGUGUGGAGCAGAAUUUCGCCGAUGCGUUUAUCUGGUUCAAACAGGGGUUGACCAAUGGCGAUGCGCUCUGCCAAUACGAACUUGGUCUCAUGUAUCUGCAUGGAUAUGGGGUACAGCAGGACGCGUUCAAAGCCUCAUCUUAUUUCAUACCGGCAGCUGAUCAAGAUCUUCCUGCGGCCGAGACCCGGUUAGGUGUUUUGUUCCUGGACCAGGGUGAUAUCCCGACGGCCACGAAAUAUUUCGAGUUGGCUGCUCGUUGGGGCUCCAUGGAGGCGUUCUACUACUUGGCCGAGUUGGCCAACAAUGGAAUUGGCCGACAGAGACACUGCGGACUCGCUGCAUCAUAUUACAAGAUGGUCGCUGAGAGAGCGGAGGUUAUCCACUCUUCCUUUAUUGAAGCGAAUACUGCAUACGAGAAGGGGGACAAGGAUCGAGCAUUUAUUCCGACGCUCAUGGCCGCAGAGCAAGGAUAUGAGUUUGCCCAGGCUAACGUAGCGUUCAUCCUUGAUGAACAGCGUUCUCUAUUCCCAUUGGAGAAAUUCUUCCCUGCAAUGAGAAAACCACGAUCCUCGUUGCUCCGAAACGCAGCGUUGGCUCUUAUCCACUGGACACGUUCCGCCAAGCAGGCAAACAUUGAUUCGCUACUAAAAAUGGGCGACUAUUAUUUGAGCGGAAUCGGCAGUGCUCUGGAUACAGAAAAAGCCUCUACCUGUUACCACACAGCUGCUGAAGCUCAUUAUAGCGCGCAAGCCUAUUGGAACCUUGGCUGGAUGCAUGAAAAUGGCGUUGCUGUGGAGCAAGACUUCCACAUGGCGAAGAGAUAUUAUGAUCUAGCGCUGUUGACCAGUGGUGAAGCCUACUUGCCUGUUAAGUUGAGCCUGCUCAAAUUGCGGGCACGAAGUGCUUGGAACCGCCUCACUAAUGGGAAGAUCAAGUCCAUUCAGGAUGAUACCGAACCGAAACCUCGCCGGACCUUCUCAGAGUGGAUCACUGCCUUUAUCGAAAACGACGAAGAGGAAGAAGUAAACUACCGUGCACAGCUGUAUAAGCGUGGUGAAGAGGAGGACGAUGAUCUCUCGAACGGCGAUCCACAUCGUUUGGAUGAGCACGAGGACGGCUACUAUGAUGACCUCGAGCUUGAUAUCGACGAGAGCGUUCUGGAAGGCCUCAUAAUUCUAUCGUUGGCUGCAACUUUGAUGGUCUUGGUAUACUUGAGACAGCAACGGAAUAACCGCCAGCGACCCAACGAUAAUCAAAACGCGAACGCGGCAGGGCAGGCCAACGCCAAUGACCGAGGGUUCUUCCCUCGCCCUGGUGAGCCGGAGUUCGGUCAAUGGGUGGCCGGCGGAGUUGGUCACUAG